AUGCCAGAAAUAACUAUAGAAGAAGUAAAACAAAUGAUACCUAAAACAAAAAUCAGGAAAGCACCCGGCAUUGAUGACAUCACUAACGAACUUAUCAAAUAUGGAGAUCCGGAGAUUCAACAAGAAAUUACUAAACUAUUCCACAAAAUUAUUUCCCAUGAAAAAACACCGAUAGAAUGGAAAACUAAUCAUACUUAUAUACAAAAAAAAGAUGCAAAAAAGACCCAAUCUCAAACAAGCAUUCGAGUUCGCUUAGACAAUGUAAUAAACACUCUUAAGGUCAAUAACAACUUGCUGAAAAUCAUCGAAGAACUGAAUCAAAAUAAUACAAUCAAAAUAAAAACAUUUAACGGUCUAAGUGACACAGUGCCAAUAGCGACAUAUAUCAGACAGGGAGACAGUUUAAGUCCGACAUUUCUUAACGUUAUUAUGAACGAAAUAAUCGAGGAGAUGAAAAAAGUUGACGCCAGAUAUAAAAUAGGAAAUAGAUACAUUAAAAUACUAUGCUAUGCAGAUGAUGCCAUACUGUUAGCAAAAAGUGAAGAAAAUUUACAACGACUCUUAUAUAAAUUCACUACAACAUCCCAGAGCUUUAAUAUGGUGAUCUCCACCGAAAAGACGUGGUCAAUGGUCAUCUCAAAAGAACCAAUUAGAUGCAAACUUGUGAUCAACGACGAAAUCAUCGAACAGGUGAUGAAGCUCAACUAUCUCGGGAUAGAAGCAUCAAGCGACAGGAACAUAAUUAGAGAAGUCCAAACACAGGCGGAUAAAGCAAACAGAAUAUCAGGUUAUUUGAAGGAUAUUAUAUGGAGAAAUAAGUACAUGAUUACUGAAAGUAAAGUUUGA